AUGCAUGCCCCACCAUCCCUGCCUGUUUCGGACGGAUUUCCCAUGGAUUUCCCACCCCUCCUGCCCCCCGCAGGCCUACCCAACCCUGCCCCACCCCUGGGAGGGUUGUUUGGUCAUUUAUUUACCCUCUCCCGUCCCCAAACAAAUCCCUAUGGCCCCAGCAUCCCUGGCAAACUCACCCCAGCAGCCUCGGAAAACCUGACUGCUCAAACACAGUCUGGACAUGAGGACGACAGCACCUGUGAGGGCAUGUCCAUGGCCAGAGAGGACAAGGACGCCAGGGUGACAACCUGCACCUGCAUCAAACAGCCCAGUGGCGGAGGGUGGCAGACCCAUGCAGUAGGAGGGCCGCAAGCCCCCUCCUGCCUCUCCUUUCCAUACAAAAGGACAUGUUGCCCUUGUAUGAGGAAUGACGGCGACACCCCACCCCGCCCUAUUCCGCAGUGGGCACCUGUACCACUGAGCCACGCCCUCGCUUCCCUUGCACCCACCUACAGACCAGGAGCACAAGCAGGGGAAGAAGAUGACCAGGGCCGACCACGGCAUGAGGACGACUCCAGCAUGAGGACGGCUGCGGCAUGA